AUGUCUUUUCGCGGAAAGCCGGUCGUCCCGGCCACUCCGCGGGUCAUAUCACCGAGUCCCACGCCAUCCGAAAGAGACGCCGCGUCUUCGGACGAGAACUACUUCGGGCCCGUCACGCGAUCGGCCGCUAGGAAGCGGCUGUCGACGCCGCAGCCCGUCGAGGAGGAUAUCGACGAGGACGAGUACGAUGCUAGCCCAGAUCUCCGAAGGGCUCGGACGCGGAGUCGGAGCCCCAUCACGACGCGCAAAGUCAACGGGCUGACGCCCGCGAAGGCCGCGAGGAGUACGGCCGACCAGAAAAAGAACCUGGCGCCCGUCACAAACGGCAAGGUCGAGUCAAACGGGCUCCUGUCGCCGGCUUCCGCCGCGUCGCCGGGUUGGAGCUGGCGGGACUUCAGUCGCAGCCCGAGCCCACUGGGCCUGAUUCCGAUCCACAGGCACUGGAGGACCUUUGUGCACAAGCACGAGGUCCCGCGCAAGGUCCUGCACGUGUCGAUCGGCUUCUUUGUCAUCUGGCUCUACAUCUCGGGGACACAGACCUCGUCAGUAGCCCCGUGGCUGAUGGGCGCGCUGAUUCCCAUCGCCGCGGUCGAUUACGCGCGCCACCACUACGCACCGUUCAACCGCUUCUAUGUCAAGGUUCUCGGCGCCUUCAUGCGCGAGAGCGAGUUUUCUGGAUACAACGGCGUCAUCUUCUACCUGCUUGGCGCCUGGAUCGUCCUCUACUUCUUCCCCAAGGAUGUGGGCGUGAUGGGCGUCCUGCUUCUGAGCUGGUGCGACACCGCCGCCAGCACGUUCGGAAGAUUGUAUGGGAGGUACACCCCGCGCAUCAGACGGGGCAAGUCUCUGGCCGGAUCCCUGGCCGGCUUCCUGGUCGGCGUCGGGACGGCAGUCUGGUUCUGGGGCUGGCUCGCGCCGACGAUCCAGGCGCCCGGGGACGACACCUUUAUGUUCAAGGGCGCGCUGAAGCUGCCGCACACUCUCGCCAGCGCAGUGGGGCUGACUGACGCGCAGGCCACCAUCUCCGGCGGCCUGGCGCUCGGCGUCAUGAGCAUCUGGUCCGGCUUCGCCGCCGCGGCCAGCGAGGUGGCUGACGUGUUCGGGUGGGACGACAACUUGACCAUACCUGUUCUCAGCGGCCUCGGCAUCUGGGGAUUUCUCAAGGUGUUCGGCUAG